GCGGCGGCGCCGACAGCUCAGGCUGUGAGCGAGCGAGUGAGUUAGCGAGUGAGUGAGGUGCAGCUCCACGCUCUCUCAGCGCACUCGGGCAGGAGGAGGAGGAGGAGGACGAGGAGGAGGGGGAGAGGGAGAGGGCGGCCGUGAGCGGGUCAUGGUGCCGUGAGGGCGGCUCGGGGAGGCCGCCGUGAGCCAAAGGGAAGCCAGGCCGCGCUGCAGCCGGGGGCCGGGCCUGGGCACCGCCCGCCCGCCGGCUCCCCUCGGCCGGCCGGCCGUGCCCUCCCGCCCCCGGCCCUCUGCACCCUCCCGCCCCGGCCCUCUGCACUGACCAUGGCCUGGGUGCUGAAAAUGGACGAGGACAUCGAGUCGGGCCUGGUGCAUGAGUUCGACUCGAGUCUGUCGGGGAUCGGGCAGGAGCUGGGCUCCGGCGCCUACAGCAUGAGCGAUGUUUUGGCACUGCCCAUUUUCAAGCAGGAAGAUUCAAACCUUCCUCCGGAGAAUGAAAGUAAACAUCCACCAUUCCAGUAUGUGCUCUACGCAGCCACAUCACCUGCUAUUAAGCUACACGAUGAAACGCUCACCUACUUGAACCAAGGUCAAUCUUACGAAGUUCGAAUGUUGGAUAACCGAAAAAUAGGAGAUUUGCCAGAAAUAAGUGGAAAAAUGGUUAAGAGUAUAAUUCGAGUUGUAUUCCAUGACCGAAGACUCCAAUACACUGAACAUGAGCAGCUGGAAGGUUGGAAAUGGAACCGCCCCGGUGACAGACUCCUUGAUUUGGAUAUCCCAAUGUCAGUUGGAAUUAUUGACCCCCAAACUAAUCCAGCUCAAUUGAAUACUAUUGAAUAUUUAUGGGACCCAGCUAAACACACGUCUGCUUUUGUUCAGGUACAUUGCAUUAGCACAGAAUUUACUCCCAGAAAGCAUGGGGGCGAGAAGGGGGUUCCAUUCAGGAUUCAGAUAGACACAUUCAAGGAAAUUGAAUCUGGAGAGUACACAGAACAUCUGCAUUCAGCCAGCUGCCAAAUAAAAGUUUUUAAGCCAAAAGGAGCAGACAGAAAACAGAAAACAGACAGAGAAAAAAUGGACAAACGAACAGCUCAAGAUAAAGAAAAGUAUCAGCCUACAUAUGAAACAACUAUCUUGACUGAGAUGAGGCUUGAGCCUAUUAUUGAAGAUGCACUUGAACAUGAGCAGAAAAAGUCCACCAAGCGGACUUUGCCAGCAGACUGCGGUGAUUCUCUGGCAAAGCGAGGCAGUUGCUCUCCUUGGCCAGAUAAUGCAUAUGUGAACAGCAGCCCUUCAACCACUCCAGCAUUUGCACCAGGACAAGUUGCGGCUUGCAGUGUUCCUCCUGACAGUAACUCCUCUUCACCAAAUCAUCAAGGAGAAGGGACACCACAGUGUGUAGUGGAGCAACUCUGUCCGGCAACAACAAUACAGGAGGCUCAACAGUGGCUGCACAAGAAUAGAUUCGCGACGUACGCAAGAUUAUUUUCAAACUUCUCAGGUUCAGAUUUAUUAAAAUUGACUCGAGAUGAUCUUGUCCAGAUCUGUGGCUCGGCUGAUGGGAUUAGAUUGUUUAAUGAACUUAAAGCUAGAUCUGUGAGACCGAGAUUAACCAUCUAUGUCUGCCAAGAAUCGCAGCGUGUACAAAAUAUUUUGCAGCUGGUUGGAUCACGAGAUAGUGAAAAUGGAAAGGGUGACAGUCGUGCAAUAUAUGUAUACCAUGCCAUCUACCUGGAGGAAUUGACAACAGCCGAACUUUCCAAAAAGAUUGCAACUAUCUUUAGUAUAUCCCAAAAUCAGAUAAAUCAAGUUUACAGACAGGGUCCGACAGGUAUUCAUGUUCUUGUCAAUGAUCAGAUGGUUCACAACCUCCAAGAUGAAAGUUGUUUUGUAAUCAGCACAAUAAAAGAUGAAAAUACAGAAGGCUUCCAUGUGAUUUUGAAGUAAUUUGCCCCGCUUAGGAGUUGAGCUGGACUACAUUUUUGCAUAUAGAAGCUAUCUUUAUUAUGACAAAGGACAUUGUGCAAAUCCAUGUAAAUGUUAGAAUCUGACUUCACUGUACAAAAUGUUUCAUAUUGAAAACACAGCCGGACUGUUCAGUUACCUUACUGUGAGUUUGAAACUUCUGAAAGUAUCACUGCCACCACUCAGCACCCUCUCUGCACAUCUCGGGGUGCAGCAAGUUUGAGGGUAGGCCUGGAUUCCACAAAUUAUGGUUCAAAGUGGUCUUUAUAAAUGUCGAGGAGGAAAAUGGCCAGUAGAUACAGUUUUGCACAAUAAUUGUCUCAUUUGAAGCAUUAAUGCUUCAUCCUAUUUGUCUAGUUUCUCGAUUAUUGAUUUUAAAUUUGUGUUGAAGUAUGCUAUGUUAUUUUAAAAUGUUUUGCCUUUCUUUGUGCUGUCAUAUAUUUUACUGUCUUUAAAAUGCUAGUUUGCCCAGCUAAAACUGUAUUCCCAAGAUCAUAUAGUGCAGUUGCUAAUCUGCGGGAAAGAAAGACAGUAUCAAAAUUGCAAUUUCAAUUCAAAGUGGCAGCUUGCACUUUCUUAAACUUUAUUCUAUCCCAAUUCCCUGAACUGUUUCCUUUAGGUUAUGUGACUUUUGGGGGGGGAAAACAGUCAACAGCUUCAUUGUGGAGGCUGACCUUAUUUCUGCAUUAAAACAUUUAGUGCAUUUUAAUGUUUCAUUUCAUCGUCAGAUCUUUUACCUGUAGAUAAACAGCAGUUGUGGGAAAAUAAGCAGCUACUUGUUUUAAUAAUAGCCCACAAUUGCUUUUGGAUCAGAUGAAAGGCAUUUUCUGUAUUUAAAAUACAAUAAAUUUGAAAGUCCAUAAUCAAAACCUAUGCUUUUGAAAGCAGUAAUUAAUGUAAUUGUCCUAUAAUUGAUUUAAAUCAUAAUUGUGCCUCGGUGACCAAAUCUCACUGCACUGAUAUGUUAAUAAAGUAUUCUUUGCUUAUUUUCUAAAUGUUGAGGGAUUAUCAUUAUCACUUGGCAUUCGAGCAUUUUCAGGUCGAGCAUUAAUGACUACAAAUCGCAUUUGCUCAACACUACUGCCCACUUCAACUUGGCAGUUAGAAUUUUUUUUACAACAAAGCAGUAUAGUAUCUUUAGGUGUGUAAAGUUCAGAUCGCAAUUUAUUUAUUGGUGUCCAGGUGCAAAGAAAACAGCCAUAGGUAUUGUUUCACUUAAUUUAUGAUUACAAUAAGCACCGGCAACUUUGUUUAUCUUGAUUUAGAGAUCUUAUUCUGAGAUGCAUAAAUUGAACUUGCCUCUAAUAAAGUUUAAAUUUUUUUUUUGCAAAAAAAA